AUGCUCGCCCUGCGUGUGACGGGCUCGGCCCCGGCCGCCGCGAAGGGGGCGGUGGAGCGCGCCCUGCUGGCCGCGGACGUCCCCGCGCGGUUCACGCUGAGCCCGCCACACGAGGCGCAGGAAGCAGGCGGGGCCCCGACGUUUCGGCUGCUGCUUGAAGCGCAUGACGCGCAGCUCACGAGCCCGCAGGCGGCGCCGUACGACUGCCGCUUUAUCUGGACCCCCGCGAGCACCGCGGCGGAGGUGGUGGCGGAGGUGACCUCCGUGCUGGACGGCCGCCGCUUCAUCUCCACCCGCGGCGCGGCAGGCGCGGAAACCACGUUCCUGACGGUUGUGCGGGACGGCCUGGCGCCGGACGGCGGCCUCUACAGCCUGCAGCGCAUCCCGCAAAUGACGGCGUCGCAGCUGCGCUACCUCUGCACUACGCCCACGCUGAGCUACGUGGAGGCGGCGCAGCUCGUGCUGGAGCGACUCGUGGACACCACCAUGCAGCCGGCGACGCUGCACACGCUGCUCGCCGAGGCGUACGCCUCAGCCCGCUGGAGUGGGCUGAGCGACGUGUGUCCCGUCACGCCCCUGCUUCACGACGGAGGGGCGGCUGCCGCUGAAGCUCCCCCUCCCGCCGCGGCGACUGACGCCCACUGGUGUGACAUGUCACUACUGGAACUCUACCACGGCCCCACCGCCGCCUUCAAGGACUUUGCCUUGCAACUCUUCCCUCGCUACUUUGAAUUUGCCACGACGCACGCCUGUCAUGCCGACCCGCCCCCCUCGUACGUGAUCCUCACCGCGACCUCCGGCGACACGGGGGUGGCUGCAAUCAGUGGAUUUGUGAACGCCGGAAGCCCCAGUCGCGUCAUGGUGCUAUACCCCCUCCACGGCGUCUCGCCGGUGCAGCAACUACAAAUGUUGUCGUACGAUGAUGGGGCGACUGUGCGGGUGUACGGGGUGCGGUCGGACUUCGAUUUUUGUCAGUCCACCGUGAAGCACGUGUUCGCCAACCGCGCCCUGGCGCAGCGGUUGUGGGGAGGCGCCGGCGUCCGCCUGUCCUCCGCCAACAGCAUCAACUGGGGUCGCCUCAUCCCGCAGGUGGCGUACUAUUUUUGGGCGUAUCGCCAAUUUGUGCAGCGGCAGCGGCUACGGCUGGGCGACCCACUCGACGUUGUGGUGCCGUGCGGGAACUUUGGCAACAUCCUCGCGGCCUUCUUUGCGAAGCGCAUGGGGCUGCCGCUCGGCACGCUGGUGGUGGCCUCCAACCGCAACGACGUGCUCUUUGAGUUUGUGCGGACCGGCCACUACGACGUCCGCCAACGACGGCUGGUGCCGACGGCGUCGCCCUCGAUUGACAUUCUGAAGGCCUCCAACGUGGAGCGGCUUCUCUUUUUGCUCGCGGGCGGCGACGCGGCGUGGGUGGCGGCGCAGAUGCGGCGCCUCGAGACGGAGGGGCACUUCGUCGUGGAGGGGGACGCGCUGGCCGUCCUGCGGGCGGAGUUCUGGGCCACCAGCUGCACCGAGCCGGAGUGCGCCGCGACGAUCAAGGCGGUGUACGAGGCCUCCGCCGGCCGCCUGCUGGAUCCGCACACCGCCGUUGCCGUCUUCGCGGCGCGGCAGUUCCGCCAGUUCCAGCUGGAGCAGGGCCUGGCGCGGCGCCCGCUGGUCAUCGCGAGCACCGCCCACUGGGCAAAGUUCCCCGGCCCGGUUCUGCGCGCGCUGCGGGGGGAGGAUAUGGCGCACGACGCCGCAGCGCCGGACGGGGGGGCGGCGGAGGACCCGGUGCGUGCCUGUAGAGGGGUGUACGACGCGAUUCUUGCGCGCUGCCCGCGCGUCGCCGUCCACCCCGCCCUGAACGCCGCCCUGACAGCGGCGGCGGCAAAGGCGAGGGCGCCCCGCGACCUCGCGGCAGACGUGUCCUGCGUUGAGGAGGAGCUGCUGAAGUUCGUCGCCGUGAAUUCCGCCUGA